AUGUGGCUCCUCGACAUCAUACUAGAAUAUGGAGCGCCAUUCUUCCUCAUUACCGCCCCCAUUACGUCUUAUGCCGACCAGAUUCAUAGCAUUCACAGGAGCAAGAGCUCGGCUGGCUUCUCCUUGGACAUUCCAUUGAUCAUGCUCGUAGCAUCAAUCUUCAAGUUCUUUUACUGGUUCGGUUCAUAUUAUGCGACUUCAUUAUUCGUCCAAGCAAUCAACAUGAUAUUCGUUCAAUUGGUAUUACUCAAAAUCGCAUUAGCCAAUAGACCAACUCCAGGCGCAAAAGAUAGCGUUGAGCACACUCCAUUCAGUGGACAGCGUCAAGACAAUACGCUUAUGGGAUUUUCGCGACCAUAUAAAUUUUGGCGCUGGAGAAGCGAGAAGCCGUAUUGGACGUUUUUGGGCUAUUUCACCGGUGCUCUCUUUGUGAUCCACGUGUUCCUCCCCUUCAUCUCCCAAACGGAGACCUAUACCAACCUCCUCGGUGUCGCCGGACUCACAGUCGAAGCUUUCUUGCCUGUUCCCCAGAUCCUCGCCAACCAGCGCUCUCGUUCUUGCAAAGGGUUCCGUGUCUCUGUCCUGGGCUCUUGGCUUCUUGGUGAUGUUAUGAAAAUGAGCUACUUGUUUUAUACAAAGGAUGUUAUUCCUCCCGCAUUCAAGUUUUGCGCUAUCUUCCAGUGCAUGUGCGAUAUGUACUUGGGUAUGCAAUAUCUGAUGUUCGGUACUGGAAAGGCUGCCUAUACGGCGACUGCGAAUGGAGAUCGAUGGGGUGCAAAUGAAAAGGACAUUCAUCUAGGUUGA